UAUUUGCUGCGUAUAAUUGUCAUAUUCAUGACGACGACGAUGAUGAUGAUGAUUAUAACGUGCUCAUUUAAUGAACGAGACGUUGGCAAAAAUGAAAUUUACAUUCUUUGUAAACGUCUCGAGAAUCGAUGCUCUUACUUUUCAGUGCGAAGAAGAGAAAAAGCAAGAUAUUUAAUGGAAAGACAAAGAGAGAGAGGACAUCGUUGGUAUUUACGGGUUAUUCAUUGAUCGACGCAAUAUCGAUUUUCAAAAUUAUAUUCUCCAACUUUAGCAUCGAUUAGCCGGUAUUUCUACUGCGUAUAUCUAUAAUGCGUUUUUCUAUGAUGAACAGCGAAACAAUAACGUACCGUGCGACGGAUACGUCUAAUAUAUUUGGCCGCGAUUACAUCUUUCUCGAUUUGUGAGACUCUCUCGCCCUUGUGUUUGUUCUUUCUUCCGAGCGCCUGUAAAUGCGUUUGUCGUUAUUCGAAAAUACGUGAUCGAGGUUGAAGCAGCAGAGAGAUGCAUGAAAAUUUUAACGACGAAUUGACUAAUCUGGCAUAUAUGCGAUCGCAUCGUCUCUCUACCAACUAACGACUCCUUUGCUGCUAUCUUAUAGACUGUGUUAGCAUCUAUUUAGAAAAUUAUUUUUAUAUUUAAAAUCGCUAUCAAUUAUUCAUUCUUCUUAUUUUUAUCUGAAGAAUACGCUAAAUAUUGCCUAGUUAAAAGUGAAAAGCAAAUAGAGUUUGUCUCUACAAUCUUUUCUUUUUCUCACCCGAUUAUAUUAUUAUAAAACCGGUGCGUAUGUCACGCGUCAGUUUUAGGUUUCUUUUGUUUAAAACAACAGUGAGACACGCAAAAAUGUGAUGGAGUAUGGGUACUAGCACCGUCUUCCUUUUUCCUGCCAUCACUAUUCCCAAACGUUUCCCCCGUAGGGCUGCGCAUCAGCGACCGAUCGCCACUUCGUCGUCGGCCGCGGGAAAAAGAUCGAAUCUACUACACAAACGGCCACACGCGAACGACGUUGAGAUGACGGAGCCGUUAGCCAAGACUGCGCGAUUGUGGAAUCACCCUGGGAGAAUGAGUGCAAACGAGACUCUGAAUAUGUUUCAAGCAACCUCUACGUCCUGUCUCGAACUGUGCGCAUCGGGCGGACAAAGUGCGGAAGAGACGCAAGCUGCAGAACUAUCAUCACCGUGUGUCCAUCCCUUGGAAGUGAAUGUAGAUUUAGUUGAUUCCGGUGGGUACGGAUCGGACGCGAUUUAAUAUUCGCUCGCGGAAAAUUUUAAGUCAAUUUGUACUAUUUUAAUCUCAUUGUUAUUCGACUCAUUAUAGAUUUCAUUAUAUAGAUUAUUGUUAUUAAGAGGAGGACGUAUAUAUUAAAUUGAAUUAGUUUGUUACAAUGUUUGAGAGAUGCUUUGCUUUUCUAAAAGUGAAACUGGAAAUAUCCUUGCGUUUAUAGAAAGAAAAAGAAAGAACAACUACCUUUACUUAAUUAACAUUACUUCCAACCGCUAAUGCAGUUUUAAGUUUAUUUCAAAUAUUAGAACUAAAGAAAAUGAAAUCAAAGAACUCAGGGAAUUUCUGUUUGAGAAACAAAAACUAUGGUUGUAUCAUCGCUAAAAUAAGCAAAACGUGAAUUCGAAUACACGAAUGGAAAGCGCGAGGAAAGGACUAAAUUUAUUUUUAUGAUUGACGAUUCAGCGAAUUUAAAUUUUCAAAAAGAACCAAGUAGAUUAAACAAUUGUUUGGCAAAGUGUAGGAAAACUGUAAAUUUAUAAAAUAUAAAAUUGUACAAACUUUGGUGCACAAUAAUCUUCGAUCAAUAGUAUCUCGUUUCAAAUUGAUCUCCCUCCUUUGCAUGAUUUACAUGUAUGCAAUGCGAUUUAUAGCUGUACGUAAGUAUAAACAUUAUAUUUCAGUGCCUUCUCAGGCAAAAAAGCGUGCCUUAUUAUAUGGGUCUCUGGUAAAAAAUUUCAUUGGAAUAUAUGAGUGAAUACG